UUACGAUUGAGCAUCAAUCGGAUUAGUGAUCAGAUUGCUCUCUCAAACUCGUUCAUCAUGUCAGCAGCUCGGCAUCCUUCUCUGGACGAUCCCAAUGCGUGGGUACCUUAUCGGUAUCAGCCCAACCUUGGAGCAGCCAUCGCCUUUGCCAUCCUCUUCACCGUUGCGACGAUAUGGCAUACCUUCAUUAUGGUCCGCAAGCGAAUUUGGUUCUUCAUACCUUUUGUCAUCGGAGGAAUAUUCGAGAUCAUCGGAUAUAUCGGGCGUGCAGUCUCUGCGCAGGACGUUUGGGCACUUGGUCCCUAUAUCGUACAGUCGCUUCUGCUCUUGAUCGCGCCAGCCCUUUUCGCUGCUACCAUCUACAUGACCUUGGGGAGAAUCAUUCAUCGCCUAGAUGCGGGGCAAUAUUCAAUCGUUCCAACCCGCUGGCUCACCAAGCUGUUCGUUAUUGGCGACUGCGUAAGCUUUUUUGUUCAAUUGGGCGGCGGUGGCAUCCAAGCAGCAGGAUCGCUGAAGCUCCUCAAAAUCGGAGAGAACAUCAUUAUUGCAGGUCUCUUCGUGCAAGUGUUGUUUUUCGGAUUGUUUCUCGUCGUCGCGAUCAACUUUGAUCUACAAUAUCGCCGAGCGAGCAAAUAUUUGAAAUCGUCUGGGAGCGGACCACUGACCACCGCACUGCUCGCGCUCCAUGCGAGUUCAUCACUUAUCAUGGUUCGAUCGAUAUUCCGAGUCGUCGAAUACAUCAUGGGCAAUAACGGCUUCUUACUGCGACAUGAAUACUUCCUGUACGUCUUUGACGCGGCUUUGAUGAUCAUGGUGAUGAUCAUUUUCAUUAUUGUGCAUCCAUCUGGAUCACUUGAAAAUAUGGGUAAUCCGGCGACGGAAGUGGAGAAAUCGACAGGCACGAACAGAACAGCGGGCAGACCCGUGGCGGGUCAACGAUGGUGAAGAAAGGACGACAUGUUUGAAUUUGACUUCGACCUUGACCCAUCAGAGUCCACCGUCAUGAUUUAAAUGUAGAUUUCCUUGGUCUCCGGAAUUCGGUCCAUCCACGUGU